CCUUGAUUCGGUGGUCAGUUCGCGACCGUUGUCCAAAAACUUGGCCUUUCAUUGAUCAGGAUGAGUUUCUCGCCUGCUUUUCUCGGCAAAAUUCACACCCUCCUCGCCAUAAGGAGCCAAGGUUACUCGAGGCCUAAGAUAGCGAGUUGCACCGUUAUAGGCAAUGAUUUUCUUUCGGUUCCCCAGUCAAUAUCUGCCGUUCCCGCCAAGGUGGAGCCCAAGCGUCGUCAUGACCUUCAAUCGAAACGCCGAGUGCACCCAAUAACCAUGGUGUCUCCCUCGGGCCUGAAGCAGACUUCCAUGAUUCAAAACCUCCGAAAAGCAAGGAUCCAGAAAUGGUGGUGGUGCCCAAUAGCCAGUCAGAGCUUUACGUGGCGUAGGGCUGAUACUGCCCUCAUGGCGUCUACCGCGAAGGGGUAUGCGCGUACAUUUCACGAUCAGCGGCCACCUCCUGAGUGCGAAGAUAUUAAGCCGCUGUUCUCCCCUUGGAUUCCCUGCUACCCUAGGCAGAGAGGGUAUCUCCUCACCGUUGGAUUCGCACAUUCCAAGGAGAAAGAAACCCGACGCAUCCGGCGAGCUGUGCCUGCCAAGGCCUCGGUGUUCACCACCAGAAUUGGUUCGGCUUUGGGGCGUUGCAAGCGCUUUUAGCUGGCUUGGCAACCCUCAACCAUUUCGACAGGGGCGAGACUGCAAGUGGGCUCCGCUUUUUACCGAAAGAACAGACGCCGGUGUGGCUUUCUUGACUUCCCAAGGCAUGUCAGAGUAAAUGACUCGUCUGUCCUGUUCCACCCAACUGUAAGACUAGCCAGGAGACAAUCCUCGAACAAUAACGAGAAAUUGUUCAGCAGAAUAGGGAAGUUAAUCGUGUGAGCAAACAGGGAGAUCUGUCGAUCGAACAACUCCCAUCCCCUCCACAAUCGUAUUCUGGCAAGCUUCCACCUCCAUGGAGCAUGUGAUAAUGUCUAUGUACUAUGGGGGAAGUGUUUUAGUCCGUCCGCAGCAAAUGAGAUCCACCUGAAGUGUUGGUAACUUGAACUUAACUUCAUGUCGUAUCAGCGAAGGACGCCUUAUCUAAUAUCAGGUUGUAUGAUAUCGUAUUCGGGUUUG